CCUCUCCGCCUGUGCAACACACACUUUACACACGCACGGGGACUGCAAGCGGGCAACAUCGAUCGUGGCUCCUUUAAGACAAACUCAGACAGACAUUUUUUUUUAACCCUCCUCCUCUAAUCUCCCUCCAGUGCAGCAGUUGCAAAGAGGGAGAGAGAGAGAGGGAGAGAGAGAGAGAGGGGGAGAGAGAGAGAAAGAGAGCAAGCGAGAGAAGAGAAAAACUGAUUAGGAAUUAGGACUGAUUCAAGGGAAGCGAGCGCUAGGGCUUUGUGCAUUUGAAUAUUAACAUUUGAGGUGUUCUGACCAGAAGAAGACUGAGCGGAUGAUCAUUCAUUCACCACGUUGACAACCUCGCCUGUGAUUGACAGCCGGAGUGGCAGAAAGCCAUGAGAUUUGGUAGUUGGGUCUGAGGGGCGCUUUUUUUUUUUUAACUGAUUUUUUGGGGAGAGAAGAUCUGCUUUUUUUUUUUGCCCCCGCUGCUGUCUUGGAAACGGAGCGCUUUUAUGCUCAGUGACUCGGGAGCUUUGCUUCAGGUCCCAUAGACCGAAGAUCUGGGACCAGUAGCUCACGUUGCUGGAGACGUUAAGGGAUUUUUCGUCGUGCUUUUUAUUUUUUUUUCCGGGGGAGUUUACGUAUUUGUUUCUUUUCACACUGGCCUUAAAGAGGAUAUAUUAGAAGUUGAAGUAGGAAGGGAGCCAGGGAGGCCGAUGGCGCAAAGGUACGACGAUCUACCCCAUUAUGGGGGCAUGGAUGGAGUAGGCAUCCCCUCCACGAUGUAUGGGGACCCGCACGCAGCCAGGUCCAUGCAGCCCGUCCACCACCUGAACCACGGGCCUCCUCUGCACUCGCAUCAGUAUCCGCACACAGCUCACACCAACGCCAUGGCUCCCAGCAUGGGUUCCUCCGUCAAUGACGCUUUAAAGAGAGAUAAAGAUGCCAUUUAUGGACACCCCCUCUUCCCUCUCUUAGCACUGAUUUUUGAGAAAUGUGAAUUAGCUACUUGUACCCCCCGCGAGCCGGGGGUGGCGGGCGGGGACGUCUGCUCGUCAGAGUCAUUCAAUGAAGAUAUAGCCGUGUUCGCCAAACAGAUUCGCGCAGAAAAACCUCUAUUUUCUUCUAAUCCAGAACUGGAUAACUUGAUGAUUCAAGCCAUACAAGUAUUAAGGUUUCAUCUGUUGGAAUUAGAGAAGGUACACGAAUUAUGUGACAAUUUCUGCCACCGGUAUAUUAGCUGUUUGAAGGGGAAAAUGCCUAUCGAUUUGGUGAUAGACGAUAGAGAAGGAGGAUCCAAGUCAGACAGUGAAGAUAUAACAAGAUCCGCAAAUCUAACUGACCAGCCCUCUUGGAACAGAGAUCACGAUGACACGGCAUCUACCCGCUCAGGAGGAACCCCGGGCCCUUCCAGCGGGGGCCACACAUCACACAGUGGGGAUAACAGCAGUGAGCAAGGUGAUGGCUUGGACAACAGUGUAGCUUCCCCCAGCACAGGUGACGAUGAUGAUCCAGAUAAGGACAAAAAGCGUCACAAAAAGCGUGGCAUCUUUCCCAAAGUAGCCACAAAUAUCAUGAGGGCGUGGCUGUUCCAGCAUCUAACACACCCUUACCCUUCUGAAGAACAGAAAAAGCAGUUGGCACAAGACACAGGACUCACCAUCCUUCAAGUGAACAAUUGGUUUAUUAAUGCCCGGAGAAGAAUAGUGCAGCCCAUGAUAGACCAGUCCAACCGAGCAGGCAAGUCCCCCAUAGUGACUGUAUUCAAGUCACGCAGGCGAAAAGCAUCCUCAAGCCAUUCACCGGGAGGUCCCAUACCUGUAAGUCAAGGAACACCUUAUAACCCCGAUGGACAGCCAAUGGGAGGUUUUGUUAUGGACGGUCAGCAACACAUGGGAAUCAGGGCACCAGGGCUGCAAAGUAUGCCAGGGGAGUAUGUAGCCCGGGGUGGUCCAAUGGGUGUGAGUAUGGGACAGCCAAGUUAUACCCAACCCCAGAUGCCCCCCCAUCCUGCUCAGCUGCGUCAUGGUCCCCCCAUGCAUACGUACAUUCCUGGACACCCUCACCACCCAACAGUGAUGAUGCAUGGAGGACCGCCCCACCCUGGAAUGCCAAUGUCAGCAUCAAGCCCCACGGUUCUUAAUACAGGAGACCCAACAAUGAGUGGACAAGUCAUGGACAUUCAUGCUCAGUAGCUUAAGGGAAUAUGCAUUGUCUGCAAUGGUGACUGAUUUCAAAUCAUGUUUUUUCUGCAAUGACUGUGGAGUUCCGUUCUUGGCAUCUACUUUGGACCAAGGAGCAUCCCUAAUUCUUCAUAGGGACUCUUAAAAAAGCAGGAAAUACCAACCGAAGUCAAUCUGGGGGACAUGCUAAAUAACUAUAUAAGACAUUAAGAGAACAAAGAGUGAACUAUUGUAAAUGCUAUUAUACUGUUAUCCAUAUUACGUUGUUUCUUAUAGAUUUUUUUAAAAAAAUGUGAAAUUUUUCCACACUAUGUGUGUUGUUUCCAUAGCUCUUCACUUCCUCCAGAAGCCUCCUUACAUUAAAAAGCCUUACAGUUAUCCUGCAAGGGACGGGAAGGUCUGAUUUGCAGGAUUUUUAGAGCAUUAAAAUAACUAUCAGGCAGAAGAAUCUUUCUUCUCGCCUAGGAUUUCAGCCAUGCGCGCUCUCUCUCUCUCUUUCUCUCUCUUUCUCUCUUUUCCUCUCUCUCCCUCUCUCUAGCCUGGGGCUUGAAUUUGCAUGUCUAAUUCAUUUACUCACCAUAUUUGAAUUGGCCUGAACAGAUGUAAAUCGGGAAGGAUGGGAAAAACUGCAGUCAUCAACAAUGAUUAAUCAGCUGUUGCAGGCCGUGUCUUAAGGAGACUGGUAGGAGGAGGCAUGGAAACCAAAAGGCCGUGUGUUUAGAAGCCUAAUUGUCACAUCAAGCAUCAUUGUCCCCAUGCAAAAACCACCACCUUAUACAUCACUUCCUGUUUUAUGCAGCUCAAAAACAUAAACUGAAGAUUUAUUUUUAAUAUGUUGACUUUAUUUCUGAGCAAAGCAUCGGUCAUGUGUGUAUUUUUCCAUAGUCCCACCUUGAAGCAUUUAUGUAGACAUUGUAAAUAAAUUUUGUGCAAAAAGGACUGGAAAAAUGAACUGUAUUAUUGCAAUUUUUUUUUUUGUAAAAGUAGCAGUUUGGUAUGAGUUGGCAUGCAUACAAGAUUUACUAAGUGGGAUAAGCUAAUUAUACUUUUUGUUGUGGAUAAACAAAUGCUUGUUGAUAGCCUUUUUCUAUCAAGAAACCAAGGAGCUAAUUAUUAAUAACAAUCAUUGCACACUGAGUCUUAGCAUUUCUGACGGAAACAGUUUGGAUUGUAUAAUAACGCCAAGCCCAGUUGUAGUCGUUUGAGUGCAGUAAUGAAAUCUGAAUCUAAAAUAAAAAUAAGAUUAUUUUUGUCA